UCUGGAUUGGCCCUCGCGUCCCCACACCCUCCAACGAGUUCCGCGUUUCAGCGCAUUAAAGUUCCGCAGCUUCCCCCCUACUGCACAGACUGCAGGAGGAGACCAGCCGCCGACAUGUCCGACCGAGGAACCUUCGACACCAACGUGGUCACCGUGACCCGGUUCGUCAUGGAGGAGGGCCGGAAGGCGAAGGGCACCGGGGAGCUGACGACGCUGCUGAACUCCGUGUGCACGGCGGUGAAGGCCAUCUCCAGCGCCGUGCGUAAAGCUGGGAUCGCUCACCUUUACGGCAUUGCUGGUAGCACGAACGUGACGGGAGACCAGGUGAAGAAGCUGGACAUCCUGUCCAAUGAUCUGAUCAUCAACAUGAUCAAGUCGUCGUUCACCUCCUGCAUUCUGGUGUCUGAAGAGAACGACAAAGUCAUCAUUAUAGAGCCAGAAACCAGGGGAAAAUACAUCGUGUGCUUCGAUCCUCUGGACGGCUCCUCCAACAUCGACUGUCUCGUCUCCAUCGGCACCAUCUUUGCCAUCUACAAAAAGAGCACAGACGAUGAGCCGUGUGAGAAGGACGCUCUGCAGCCCGGCAGAAACCUUGUGGCAGCUGGCUACGCCCUCUACGGCAGCGCCACCAUGGUCGUGCUCUCCACCGGCCAGGGAGUCAACUGCUUCAUGCUCGACCCAGCAAUCGGUGAAUUUAUCCUGGUUGAUCGUGACGUGAAGAUCAAGAAGCGAGGGAAGAUUUACAGCUUGAACGAAGGCUAUGCAAAGUACUUUGAUCCCGCCGUCACAGAGUACCUGCAGAAGAAGAAGUUCCCCGAGGAUGGCACUGAGCCCUAUGGUGCCCGCUACAUCGGUUCCAUGGUGGCAGACGUUCACCGAACACUGAUGUAUGGAGGCAUCUUUUUAUACCCGGGAAAUGUGAAGAGUCCGAAGGGAAAGCUGCGGCUGCUAUACGAAUGCAACCCCAUGGCCUUCAUCAUAGAGCAGGCGGGUGGCAUGGCCUCCACCGGCUUAGAGAACAUCCUGGACAUCCAGCCGGAGAGCAUCCACCAGCGGGCUCCCGUGGCUCUCGGCUCCUCAGAGGACGUGCUGGAGUUCAUCGCCAUCUGCCAGAAACACGCCAAGAAAAAGCUGAUGGUUCAGUGAAGAACAUGAAAACUGUGGCGCACUCAUUAAACGCACAUUUUCCACACAAACCACUAAAGAGCAAAGAUGUGCCAAAUAACAGCACUUGAAGAAAAAACCAAAGAGAAGUCCUCGUCUGUUUACAUCCAGCUGUGCCUUUAAUACGAGGAACAUUCUCGACAUGUGAAGGACCAAAUACAAUAACCUCUAUGCAAACAAACCCUGAAGCCUUUUUACUGUGUGAGCAAACUGUUUGAGAUGAUCAAUAAAUUAAAACGAGACUAAGAAGGAGAAAUCA